AUGGCUUUUUCUGGCACGCUCGUUCAUGCCCUUGGCCAUAAUUGGUUGGGCAAGGCCGAUAUCGCUGUUCAGACGAUUUUUCUGGCGGUUGCUCUUGUCACUGUCGGCUUGAGAUUCUGGGCAAGGCGAUUACAAUUGUGUUCGCUGCAAUGGAAUGACUGGUUCAUUCUAUUUGGAACGUUUGCAGUCAUUGGUCUCUAUGUGGUGGAAAUCAUCAAAGUGCUGCUGACUGGAUUGGGACUUCAUUCUGCAGAAGUAUCCCAGGUCGGAGGGGAGAAUAUAUUCGUCCAACUCAGCAAGGUGACUUACGCUAGUGAUCUUUUAUGGAUCAUAACGGUCACAUUGAUUCAGCUAUCAAUUCUCCACUACUAUGUUCAUGAAUUUGGCCAGAGAGUGGUUGUCUGGCCAGCCUAUGCGCUCAUGGGCCUAUGUACAGCUCUCGGCCUUGCAGGUGUAUUUGCAACCGCAUUCUUCUGCCUCCCAGUCGAAAAGUUCUGGAUCUCGGAUGCACCAGGGCAUUGCGGUGACCGGGACAAGCUGCAAACUAGUGUCAAUGCCAGCGAGGCUGUCCUCAGUUUCUUGGUACUGAUCCUCCCUAGUUAUUUCGCAUGGAGCAGGGCCUUUUCACAAGCUAGAAGAGCCGCACUUGUGUGUGUCCUUGCACUCGGAUUAGGCAUCGUCGGAAUUAUUGCCUCGCGCAUGAAAUACGAUUCCAAAACAAUGCCGUCAGACGCAACGUAUGGCUCUGCGCGGAAAUCGCUUCUUUCAUGCUUAGUACCGCUGUUGGGUAUAACGGUGGCCUGUCUCCCAAUUCUACCUCCGGUUAUCAAAAAGGUCUUUGGGACGUCGGUGUUUUCAUCGACAUCGCGUAUGUCUGGACUGGGUCCGGAGGCGGCCAAGCACUGGAAAACUACAAUUCUUACUAGUAGGCGGUUGGAGGAGCCUGAGAUGCCUUUGGUUACUGUUACUCAACCUAUGAUGGCUAAGAUGGGCCAUCUUACGCCUGGCCAUAUUCACAUUACUUCUGAUUGGGAGAUUCAUUCGUCGCGGGGUUCCACUAGGAUUGAGAGAUCGCCUGUUCGGCAGGUCUGA